AUGAAGAAACACUGGGUCUCGGUGGCUAUUCUCUUGCUACCCGUGAUGACCGUGGGAUGGCUUGUAGUGGGUCUCUUCAUCUGGGUGCUCAUUCCUCACUUUGACUUUCCUUCUGCGCUAUUAGUUUCUGCGUGUGUCACCGCAACGGAUCCUGUGUUGGCUGCUGCAGUGGUGGGUAAGGGUAAGUUUGCCGAGAGAGUUCCUGGCCACUUGAGAAACUUGCUCACUGCAGAGUCUGGCUGUAAUGAUGGAAUGGCAUUUCCGUUUAUCUUCUUGUCUCUUUAUUUGAUCACAUACCAUGGCCAGCCGGGCGAGAUCGUGAAGCAUUGGUUUACUUUGACUAUCCUCUGGGAGUGUGCAUUUGGAGUGGUUUUGGGUGUCGUCAUAGGAUAUCUCCUUAGAAAGGCCCUCUUUUACGCCGAACGCUGGAACUUAAUCGACAGAGAGUCCUUUUUGGCGCUCUUUGUGUUCUUGGCCCUUACUUGUGCCGGUGUAGGCUCGAUGUUGGGUGUAGACGACCUUUUAGUGUCGUUUGCUGCAGGUACUACGUUCGGUUGGAAUGGUGAUUUUGCCAAAAAGACAGAAGAAUCGCACGUUUCCACAGUCAUUGAUCUCCUUCUCAACUUGACGUUCUUCGUCUACUUUGGGCUGAUAGUGCCUUGGCCAGAAUUCAACGAUGCCUCGUUGGGCCUCAAUGUCUGGCGUUUGAUCAUUUUAGCUGUCGUGAUAAUUUUCUUGAGAAGAAUUCCCGCAGUUUUGGCUCUAAAACCUUUCACACCUGACAUCAAGACUUGGAGAGAAGCCUUGUUCUGUGGCCACUUUGGUCCAAUUGGUGUCGGUGCCAUCUUUGCAGCUAUUUUAGCUAGAAAAGAAUUGGAAGAUCAUUACACCACUGAGGAAACUCCUUUGGCUCACUUGCCUGAUAUCAACUUCCCUCAUUACCAACUAAUCAUGGCAAUAUGGCCAAUGGUCUGUUUUAUUGUUAUAACUUCCAUCGUUGUGCAUGGAUCUUCGGUUGCUGUGUUAGCUCUUGGUCGCCGUUUGAACCGGAUGGCCCUUACAAUGUCUUUUACGACCACAAACACUCACGACCAAGGCCCAUCUUGGAUGUCGCGUUUGCAAAAAUUGGAACACACUUCGACCCUGUUUUCAUUGCAUAGAAUCGACACUAAUUAUACUACAGAUGAGACCCCAGCUCCCGAGCUCCCACGCACAAACACCAUAGAGACUUCAGGAGUCAAGGUCAGACCUGCUGGAGGUGCUCGCCGGAAGAGAAUGAAGAAGAAGCUGGUCAAGAACAGAAACCCUCAGGAUGGAGAAGAUGUUCUGAAUCCAACCACCGAGAGACAGAGACCUGCAACCGAAUUCCUACAGCUCGGACGGGUCAAUUCACAAAUCUCAAGUCAAAAAGAGCAGGAAGGAGACGAAGAAGUCAUCGACAUCGAAAACAAUACCUCUUCCUCGCCUUCAUCCGUUCCACAACUCAAAGUCACUGGAGCUGAGAAACCAAGCCCAGAAACUAGCAAAGAUUUUGGUGAUUCUAUGGAUAGCGAGACCGAAUCUAUAGCCUCAGCGCCUACGAUACAAUCCAUAUCGCAUUCAAAGAAGGAAGAGAUUGCUCAAAAUGCAACCAAUAUCUACGAAGAGGGCCUGAAAGUUAUUUUUGAAGACGCGCAUGGUGAAGUCAUCAAAAUCAUCAAGACCAACCAGGAAGAUCGUGAUGACUUGUCUGAUGACUUGGUCCCUCGUGACGGGCAGGACAUGAGUAUACAUUCUAUGGGUCUGUUGAGAAGGCAUAUGUCUAAUUACCUGGUCCUUUCCGAUAAGUCGGAAGAUGAUGAUGCAGAUCUGACCAACAUUGGCGGCCUCAGAAAGACUUUGGUUCGCAAGGACGAAAAGGGUAGAGGUAAGCGUUUCUAUGCUCACCAAGUCGAUGAUAUUCUUAUGGUUGAAAACGAGGACGGUGACAUUGUGAGACGGUACAAAUUGAAUCGUCAUACAUCCGCUAAGACAAAGGCACGGUCUGGACUGAUUGUCAAUCGCGCCUUAUCUAUGGUUGGAAUCAAGAACAAGGAUAAACCUCCCGCUAAUGAUGCAACCGAUCCUGAUACCCCUAAAGCUGUGGCGACGAGUAACGUGUAUGCUGAGCCAGAUAUGCUGGGCAACGCUGAUCCGCGUAUGACGGAGAAAGUGAAUGCUUUAUUUGAUCCGAAUGCACAGGCGGCUAGAAAGUCAGCCAAGAAGUCUAAUAGAAGUGCUCGUAACAAGGAGAGCAAUUCUGAAAACGAAAAAGUCGAGACAGAAGUCGAACGGAAGCGACGCCUCGCUGCACUCGGAAGAAUCGAUGCCGAUAGAGAUGAGGAAGACGAAGAGAAAUGA